CACUCAAAACCUCCAUCAAAUUAUCCUUCCCGCCCAAGAAAACCCAGCGAGAGGCUCCAGCCGGGACAUGGAGGGGUGGGAGGAACAAAUCGACGUCGACGAUUCUGAUCUUCACUCCGUCCUCGUUCCUCAACUGCUUCCUUCAUCUUCGCGCCAAGCCCUCUCCCACCGUCUCCACCCGUGCUCUCAAAUCUCCUCCUCUUUUCAAACUCUCGACCCUAUUCCCUCUAUCCCUUCCUUUCAAUCCCAAAUUCUCACCCAUACUUCCCGGAGAAAUCAAAACGAAGAACAAGAGCAUCUCCCGAAGUUAAACACUUCCCGUCCCCUCAUUCCCGGUCCUGCUGGGGCCAUUCAGAUAGCCAUGCGCCGGCAAUCCGCCACAGCUGCUUCAAAAAGGUCUAUCUUCGAAGGGAAAGGAAGCGAUGAUCUCGAUCUCUGUUUAGAAGAAGAAGAUGGAGAUUUUAAGCUUAACCCUUGGCUCUGUUCCCUUAGCUUUCUUGGCAUAGGUAAGGACUCAAUUUUGCCCUACCCAAUCAGUUUGAUCAAUGCCCAGCGGUGCAGUACCAACAGAAUACCUCAGGUGGUAGGCAUUGUCAAAUCCUGCACGCCAAAUGGGCUUGGUGAUUUGUUCAUAACACUGAAGGAUCCAACAGGCACAAUUGGUGCAGCUAUCCACCGCAAGGUCCUUUCUGAAGGACAAAAUUGUGGGGAGAUUUCAGUUGGAUGUGUUUUAAUUCUGAAACAGGUGGUCGCACUCUGCCCAGCUCACUACUCAUGUUAUCUCAAUAUCACAGUGAAGAAUGUGGUAAAGUUGAUUCCCAAGGACUGUGGACCACCGGAGAAACAAAUCAUGCCUCCAUUCACUUCCAGGCAUCCAUCUGAACGGAAUGGCGAGCCAUCGUUUAGUACAAGAAAAAUUGCUAAAAUCACUGCUGAUGCUGAGCCUAAAAGAAAUUUGAAUUGUGAAAGGACAACCGACAGUACUGCGAACACCACUGCCAAGCCUGCCACAAGAACGGGUGAAUUCACGAGGCUGAUUUCUAAAGCUUCAGUUGCUGAAUGGACAGAUGAGCAAUUAGAGAAGCUCUUCUCUGACUACGAGGAUGAUGUCGACCUGGUUGGGCCUGCUGUUUGAUUUGCCAACAAGUUGUGCCGGUGAAAAUUCAUUAAAAGGUUUAUCAAUACAGCUUAAUGAUGAAGUAAUUCAGCCCCUUGAAUCUAUGUUUCUUUCUCCUCAAUAAUUUCAAUCAUAGCAUCUAUUUACAUUGCUCCUAUUUCUC